CAAAACCAAGACCUAUGCUUCUUGGCGCACUUAUAUAACUCAUUUCUCUGCCAUAAACCUAUCGUCAGCUGGCAAUAGGCACCACAUCAACCCUUUAAUUUCUUUUCUGGCGCAGUGAAAAUGCACAUAUCUUCCACCCUCUUCACGCUCGCCCUCGCGGCGGCACAAGCCCAAGUCCAGGCCCAAGACCUCAACAGCACAAUAGUUGGAUGCGUUGAAGUUGAGUGCCCGGGCAGCUCUACAGACAAAACAACUGAUGACUGCACAAUCGCACAUACUGGUUCUUUCGGGUCCAUCGGAGUUACCCGCAUCCCUGUCGUCGGACCUAACAACACCAACACCAACACUGCCGACGCCCCGGCGCUCUCUGGUCUGUCAUGGACCAAGGGUUUUAAUAUCACGGCUUUGAAUAGCGGGCGCACGUUUCACAGCUCGUUCUACCUGGGCGCCCCGCCGAGUUUAACCUUGAACGACUCGACGGGCGCAUGUGCGAUCUUUAUGCACGGCGCAUCUGGCGCGAUCUCAUUUCCGGGCGAUGGCCCUUACCAGCUUGCCGAUGGGACAUGCGCGGAUGCCAUGGGAAGCCCAUGUGUUGAUGCGCUGGUUUCGCGAGCUCGUACGCUAGUAGACGGAUACAAUAGCGGCGGGAAUAAGUCCGCGAUCUCGGAUGUCUGCGAGAAGUUGCGUAAAGACUUGGAAAGUAGUAAUGACGAUGUGUGUUCCAAGAUCUCGAAUGGCACGUGGACUAACUUCACUGGUACUGCUCUGACUGGUAAUGGCGCGCCGCAACCCAUAACGAAGCAGGAGAAUACAACUUCGAACUGCUGGCCUAUUAUUCCUAAACAAGACUCUCUCACGUUAGUUAGCGAAUAUACUGUUCCGGGGAGUGUCUAUGCCGAUGACAUGGAGAAAGCCCAAUGGGCUAUUACACCUAUUCUCACCGUCUUCUACCCUUCGGAUAAUGGUACUUUGGUUAGCAACACAGACGCUUCCUUGACGUGUGUCAAGGUCAUGGGACCGGAGAGGGCGUCUCUUGGCACUUUCAGCAAUGGCCAAGAUGAUCAUGACAAUGGUGCUGCUGCGCUUUUGUCGUCGCAUUCUCUAGCAUCGGCGUCGUUAAUCGCGGGGUUGGCUACCAUUCUUGCUGCAUAUACGGCGUGCCUGUAGACGUAAUUUGUGUUAUUACCUGUAUAGUUAGAUCUAGAAGCGUUAAAGGCUCCGGGGCCUAGGAAAAUGUUGUGAUUAGUUCUUAAGGCAUCAAUAAAAUAGGCCGCUUUUAUCUUGAGAUAGUUCUUCGUAUUUGCAUUUCGCUGUAGUAAUUAGUACACAUUAUACCCUAGCUUCAUCAAUCCAGGAAUAAGCGUCUUGAAGAUAUUUAUG